AUGUCUGGUUAUUACAACCACGUUAAACACCAAGGCUAUUCUCGCUAUGGACAGAAUUCGACGGUGCGGAACGGACAACAUGACGGUCUCAGGUAUCGCAAUCCCAGUCCGGCUCACAAUGGCACAAACGAGGGCGAGGGGUUGCAGGGCUCCAGGUACGAGAACGCAGGAGGCGUAACACAUGCGCGGCGACCUCCUCCAGUGGUAAAGUGGGGCGAAGCGGCGUUUCGCGCAAAGUACCACUAUUUUGACGUUGAGGAGCGCAAGCUGCUCCAUCUGGACGAGAUGAAGCAUUGGCAGAAUGGGCGGCUGCCAGCCAAUGGGUACGUACUGGUCGCCGACGCGGGAAGCAAAGGACGACCAGUGAUGCGAGAGCGUAAUCCCGAGGAGCAGGCCGUGGAUCCGCGUGGGGCGAGGGCUGCACACACGGUGCGACGAGUGCGUUCGCUGCUGACGGCGCUGCCGCGGAUACCCUACGAUGCUCACUGGGUGGGACCAGAACCGCCGAAGGAGGUUGUUGUUUUUCCAAAGCAGCGGGAGCAGGCGCUGUCGGUCCAGGAUCCGAUCAUCAAGAACUUCUUUGGGACGUUUGGCGAAGUCGCGCAUUUUGAGAGCUUUAACGACCCGAACAACGCCUUGCCGCUGAAUAUAUACCUAGUAAGAUAUAUCAAUGUGGAAGGCAACCCGGAUAGUCCCUACAAGGCAGCAUAUAAGGCCGUGAAGCAGUUUGCAAAGCAAGAUUACCUGGUUUCUGGUGCCCGGUUUGCGGUACGAUUGAAUAUGAAUGGCUUUCUGCAGAAAACCAUCGAUAAGUUCGUGACAGAGAACCUGCAGCGCGCCGCCAAGCUACGACAUGAGCAGGCUAAACAGCAGUCAACUGUGCAAAAAGUAACCAACGUAUCCGCAGUGCCCUCUGGAGUUCCACCACCGAAAAUUCCGCUUGGCCUUGAAAGAAUUGUAAACAAUAAACCGAUACUGCGUGUUUCUGCGAGGUUUUGCGCGCUGCAUGGUAUCACAAGCGAAGAUUUCAAAUAUGGAUUGAAGAACUAUCAUUGGACGCGUGUGAUCAAUCAUUACUCAGGCAUAUACAUUAUCUUCGAUGACAUUGCAGAGGCUGAAAAGUGUCUACAGAUGGAGUCGCUUAGACUGACCUUCUUCUCACGUAGGAGGAAAAUCCCCGUAAAGAUCAAGUUUAUGUUAAUAGAACCUAGCCACCAGCCACCAGCCUCUCAACCCCUAACAGACCAGGACGAGGUACCGAAGGUAUAUGAAACCGAAGCUGAAUUGAUCGAAGAAACACUCAAGCAUAUUAUAAAUGAGCUCAAAACAACGUUGUAUAAGGAUAUUCGGAGAAGAUUACUUGGACCUACAAUUUUUGACGCAUUAAACCCUGGGAAUUAUCCGGAUAUUGUCGCAAGAAGACAGAAGGAAGAGGAGGCAAAGAAAGAAAAAGAGAAGGCUAUGGUAGAAAAGACUAAGAAAGAGGCGCCUUCAGCAGCUGCCUUUGAUAUCUUCAACCUGUAUGGUACAGCAUACAAGAAACGUGAUGGUACCAAGGGAAAGAAGCGACAUGUUGCAGAAGGGCGACCAGAGGAAAGUUCUGGCAGAAGACGUAUACAAUCCAAGGGUACUGCGCCAAUGGCACAUAUGCUCAAUUAUGAAUCCUUGAAGGUCAAUGGUACAGCUAGCCCUAUCAAGGAGGCCGAAUCUGAGACCUGUUCUUCGGAUGAGGAAGACGAUGAUAACUUCGAUGUCGAAAUGACGGAUCAGUCGAGUAUCAAGAAGCUCAAACGCGAAUCAACAGCUACUACUCCAGAGCAGGAACCACUGCAAGAGAGGGUAGCGGGAUUAUCUGCUGAGAGGACCAAGGAACUUCUCAGCUAUCCAGAGAAAUACAGACCUCUAGCUGGCGACCAACCUGAACCGAUAUACCCUGAAUUUCUCAUUGAGAAGUAUGAUGAUCCACUUCUUUCUAUUGUAGAUUUACAAAGAAGCGUAAAGGAUAAGGAAGAUAUGGAACUGCUAAAGAAAGUCAUAGCAUAUGAUAGAGAAGAAGUCAAAGAUGUUAUCAAUGACAUCGAAUUUUUUGCCUGGAGGUUACAUAGAGAUUACAAAGAGCAUAAGGAAAACAUGCAACACCAAUCUAAACUAAGCGAGUCCACCUACAAGAACUUGCUGAAUGCUCACGGCGGAUGUUUCAAGCAGCAGGGAUUCAGGAAAAUGCCAGACAAACUAAAGUCUAUUUAUCUUCCACACAGGCGUAAACUAAAUCAACCGCUGAAUACCGUUUAUCAUCAUGGAAUCGAAGACUUUGCCAAUACAGACAAUAAUAAAAUGGAUACUGACCCUCCAGAAGACACUUUCACUCCGGAGCAAACGUCCUCAAGGGUCAAUAGGGCUCUGCAACGCAGAUUCCAGCAGGAUAUAGAAGCCCAGAAGGCAGCCAUAGGUACCGAAUCAGAACUGCUGUCUUUAAACCAAUUGACUAAGCGCAAAAAACCAGUUACCUUCGCGCGCUCUGCCAUUCACAACUGGGGCCUUUAUGCGCUGGAGCCAAUUUCUGCAAAGGAGAUGAUCAUAGAAUAUGUCGGUGAGCGAAUCCGACAGCCCGUUGCGGAGAUGAGGGAAAAGAGGUAUCUAAAGAGCGGUAUCGGCUCGAGUUACCUAUUCCGUGUUGAUGAGAGUACCGUAAUUGAUGCGACUAAGAAAGGAGGAAUCGCGCGCUUUAUAAACCACUGCUGCGACCCAAGCUGUACAGCUAAGAUUAUAAAGGUCGGCGGUAUGAAACGAAUUGUUAUUUAUGCUUUGCGGGACAUCGCAGCUAAUGAGGAACUGACUUACGAUUAUAAGUUCGAGAGGGAAACUGAUGAUGAGGAAAGGCUCCCUUGCCUCUGUGGAGCUCCAAAUUGCAAGGGAUUCCUCAACUAA